AUGUCGGCUCCGCAUAGUAAGCAUGUGUACUUCAAUGUGCAUGCCCUGCGGGGCGGGAAGCCCGAGCUCGGCGAUGUUGCCCUUAACGACUACCACCUCGUCUUCCGGUUUCCCCCCGAUUCCAAAACCUCUGCCGCAUCGGAGUUGAAGAAACAGGUCAAGCAAGUGUGGUUCGCGUUCCACGUCAUCGCUCAAUGCACCCUCCGGCCGACUCCGCCGUCAAGUGGUGUGCCGUCGUCGAUACGCAUUCGGUUUCGAGACUUCACCUAUGUCAGCUUCAACUUUCCCGACGAUAGGCAGGCCCGGGACGCCUUCGAGUUCAUCCGUGCGAGAACGUGCAGGUUGGGAAGCAUAGAGAACCUCCUGGCCUUUCACUACGCUCCUCCGCCAGGCUCCCCGGAGAAUAAGAUUGACGGCUGGGACUUGUACGAUGUGAGAGCCGAGUUCAGGCGGCAAGGUAUCAGCGAGAAGUCGGCAGACCUGGGGUGGAGGAUAUCCACCAUCAACAAGGACUACUCCUUCUCCCCGACCUACCCGGCGCUACUGGUGGUGCCGUCCAAGAUCUCGGAUAACACGCUGAAGUACGCCGCCAACUUUCGCUCCCGCGCUCGGAUACCGACGCUUAGCUACCUUCAUCCUGUCAACAAUUGCACCAUAACCCGCAGCUCGCAGCCGUUUGUGGGACUUCGAAUGAAGCGCAGCAUUCAGGAUGAGCGUCUCGUCGGAGCCUGCUUCUCCGCCUCUAUGGACUCGCUGGACAGCACUUCUCCCGCAGUCUCGGAGCAGAGCCCGUCCUCCAGCCACGUGGAUCUCAGCGCCGACAGCGUGGAUGCCGAGCUAUCGCUCUCGGAGACGGAGCGCAUGCGGAUGGAAGAUGAACUCAUCGCUGGCGCCAGCGCGCAGUACGACGAAAAGACUGGGAAGCGUCUCGUGUACGGCGCCCAGCAACACAACCUGAUUGUCGACGCGCGGCCUGCAAUCAAUUCCUAUGCCAUGCAGGCAAUAGGAAUGGGGUCGGAGAACAUGGACUAUUACAGAUUUGCCAAGAAGGUCUUCCUAAAUAUAGACAACAUUCACGUCAUGAGGGACUCACUAGACAAGGUUGUCAACGCCAUCAAGGACGCCGACAUUUCUCCCUUCCCGCCCAACCGAGAGCUCCUGGCCAAGAGCAAGUGGCUAAAGCAUAUUGGCGGCAUCUUGGACGGUUCGGCUAUUAUUGCGCGGCAGGUUGGUAUCCAACAUUCUCACGUGCUGAUUCACUGUUCCGAUGGCUGGGACCGGACGAGCCAGCUCAGUGCAUUGGCUCAACUGAUGCUGGACCCUUACUACCGAACCAUUGACGGCUUCAUUGUGCUGGUGGAGAAGGACUGGCUCUCUUUCGGACACAUGUUCCAGCUGCGAUCGGGCCAUAUGGGCCAUGAGAGUUGGUUUACGGUGGAUAACGACGCGCUGGCCGGGUCGACAAUUCGGCCCGGCGACAGCGAGGGUCGAGGAGACGCAAUUGAGAACGCUUUCGCGAGCGCAAAACGAUUUUGGAACAAAAGCAUGGGCGGUGAGAAAGAUGCAUCCACCUCGGAUGCCGAAGACCCCUCGGUGGACGAGGCAAAACAAGCCACUGCGCCCGUCACCGAGGAUCAGGCGACCAGGCCCAAAGACGUCUCCCCGGUCUUCCACCAGUUCCUCGAUGCGACGUACCAGCUUCUCCGGCAACACCCAACACGCUUUGAGUUCAACGAACGGUUUCUCCGGCGUUUGCUCUAUCACGUGUACUCGUGCCAAUACGGCACUUUCCUAUUCAACAACGAGCGGCAGCGACACGAGGCGAAAUUGCGAGAGCGCACGCGCAGCGUGUGGGCCUACUUUUUGAGUCGUCGACAGGAGUUCGCCAACGACCAGUAUGACCCGACCAUCGACGACCACACAAAGGGGAGAGAACGGCUCAUUUUUCCGCGGUUGGGUGAGGUGCGGUGGUGGCAUCAGGUCUUCAACCGCACCGACGAUGAGAUGAACGGGGAUAUCAACGCCUCUAUUGCUACGGCGGAGCGUGUCGCGGCAUAUUCGUCACUGCUACCUGAGGUUGCUACUGGUGGCAGUGGUGGUGGUGGUUCACCGGCAGAAGCGACUGCCCCAAGCUCGGGGAGCCCAUCCCGAAGCCCGCAGCCUCCGGCCUUGACGGCGAGCCAGUCGGUCCUCACGGGUGUCGAAACUGCUCAUGAGACUCUUACACAGGAUAAUACCAGAGCGACAGCGUCGCUCAAUCGAAGCGCCAGCUCUGGCGGCAUGCCCGGUGCCCUCGGCGCGUUACAGGAUAGGCUAUCCGGUCUGGCCAUCGGGAAGGGGGUUUUUGGCGGCGAUGGAAACCCGAGUACACGUAGAAAGGACGGCGGAGAACAGGAGAUGAAGAGCAUGGAUGAGCUAGACCCGGCUGUAUGA